AAAGCUGAAGUAGAUACAAAUUCGAAAAGAAGACACCGUGCUAUAAAGUUGUAUAUUACAAUACGAAAUCAAUACAAUCAAUACAAAAUGGGUUGCAAAGGAUGCGGAAAUAACUGCCAGUGCUCGGCCACCAAAUGCGGCGAUAACUGCGCCUGCAGCCAACAAUGCAACUGCGUCUGCAAAAAUGGACCCAAGGACAAAUGCUGCUCCAACAAAAGUUGAGAAUAUGUUUUAUCCUUGAAUUGCACAAUAUGAUUUCAAUAAAUUGUAUAAAUAGCUAA